AUGGACGGUCCGUUACACAAGGCGGUGGUGAACAAAAAGCCCGUUCCCGAGAUCGACUUCACCCUGCAUAUUAUGGAAGAUGGCACACAAGUCAGUACGCAGGAGCGAGUCUGCAAGGAUGUCCAGGCGCCUGCUAUGCAGCGACCGACCGACGACCAGUUCUGGUCACCGAUAGACCGAUCGAAACCUAACUUGCCUUUCCUUAAACAGCAUUUCUAUCGUGAGGGUCGCUUGACGGAAGAACAAGCCUUGUGGAUCAUCCACGAGGGCACAAAAAUCCUGAGGUCGGAGCCCAACCUGCUGGAGAUGGAUGCCCCCAUUACCGUGUGUGGCGACGUCCAUGGUCAAUAUUUCGAUCUCAUGAAGUUGUUUGAGGUUGGCGGUGACCCAGCCGAGACACGGUAUCUCUUCUUGGGUGACUAUGUUGACAGAGGAUACUUCAGUAUUGAGUGUGUUCUUUAUCUUUGGUCGCUCAAGAUCUGGUAUCCCAACACGCUGUGGCUUCUACGAGGGAAUCACGAAUGCCGUCAUUUGACAGACUACUUUACAUUCAAACUCGAGUGCAAGCACAAAUACUCGGAGAGGAUAUAUGAUGCCUGCAUGGAAUCCUUCUGCGCCUUGCCUCUGGCAGCGGUCAUGAACAAACAAUUUUUGUGCAUACACGGAGGUCUGAGCCCGGAGUUACAUACAUUGGAAGACAUCAAGAGCAUUGAUCGCUUCCGCGAGCCUCCCACGCAUGGGCUCAUGUGCGAUAUCCUUUGGGCAGAUCCGUUGGAAGAGUUCGGUCAGGAAAAGACGGGCGAAUACUUUGUGCACAACCACGUCAGAGGAUGUUCCUAUUUCUUUUCCUAUCCGGCCGCCUGCAAUUUCCUGGAAAAGAACAAUUUGCUGUCCAUUAUCCGCGCCCACGAAGCCCAAGAUGCCGGAUAUCGCAUGUACCGCAAGACUCGCACAACGGGCUUCCCCAGUGUGAUGACGAUUUUCAGUGCCCCCAACUACCUGGAUGUCUACAACAACAAAGCGGCGGUCCUCAAGUACGAGAACAACGUGAUGAAUAUCAGGCAGUUCAACUGCACCCCUCAUCCGUAUUGGCUCCCCAACUUCAUGGAUGUGUUCACCUGGUCACUUCCAUUUGUGGGAGAAAAGAUUACAGAUAUGCUUAUAGCCAUUCUCAACACCUGCUCCAAGGAGGAGCUGGAGGAAGACACCAGGACCUCUAGUGCCGAGCCGGAGACGCCACCCUUUGCGCCCGAUGCCGAGACCACCGAAGCCAAACGCCGAGCCAUCAAGAACAAGAUUCUUGCCAUCGGUCGGCUCUCCAGAGUGUUCCAGGUGUUACGAGAAGAAUCGGAGCGCGUGACUGAGCUCAAGACCCAGGCCGGAGGUCGACUGCCCGCAGGCACCCUUAUGUUGGGUGCAGAGGGCAUCAAGCAAGCCAUCCACAACUUCGAAGACGCCCGGAAAGUCGAUCUUCAGAACGAGCGGCUGCCACCGUCGCCAGAAGAGAUCGAGAAGAGAAGUGCCGAAGAUAGAAAGGCCGCGCUGGAGAGGGCUGCCACCGAAGCAGAGAAUGAUACCACUCUGCAAGGUGUGGCACGGAGGAUUAGUUUUGGUUCGUCCAAUCCACGCGGUCAUCGCCGAAAGGAGUAG